AAGACGAUGGCGGCCGCAGCCGCCACCCCGGGAGCCGCCGAGGAGGCGAGGAGCCUGUGGGGGGGGUCAGAGUUCCAUCAACUCUGCCCAGUCAAUCCAGCCCAGCAUUGCCCCUCUUCUUCAGUCCUAUGAUUUCUUCCAGACUCAUCUUCCGUACGGUAGAAACUACUGAACAUGUGGUCUGAUCGGGGGCACUGCCCGAGAAGUGGGUCCUGCUGGCACUGACCUGAGAGAAUGCCUCCCCGGCUGGGUGGCUCCCUUCCGUGAUGGGCUGUGGGACAAGCAAAGUCCUCCCUGAGCCUCCCAAGGACAUUCAGCUGGACCUGGUCAAAAAGGUCGAGCCUUACACUGGCCACAAGAAUGAUGUGUACAAACAUUUCAUCAAGGACGAUGGAGGGUACACCAUCAAAGCCGGCUCCCCUUCGCCCCCUCAUAAUACCAACCCCUCCCCUGGUGGACCCCUGGCUGGCCAGAUGGAGUCCCCUGUGCCCCGCAGGAACAAAGUGGCCAGAUACCGGGCCAAGUUUGACCCCCGAGUGACAGCCAAGUAUGACAUCAAGGCCCUGAUUGGCCGGGGCAGCUUCAGCAGAGUGGUCCGGGUGGAACAUAAAGCCACCAAACAGCCCUACGCAAUCAAAAUGAUCGAGACGAAAUACAGGGAAGGGAGGGAAGUGUGCGAGUCUGAGCUGUGUGUGCUGCGACGGGUCCGCCACACCAACAUCAUUCAGCUCAUUGAGGUGUUUGAGACUCAAGAGCGGGUUUACAUGGUGAUGGAGUUGGCCACCGGCGGAGAGCUGUUUGACCGAAUCAUUGCCAAAGGCUCCUUCACCGAAAGGGAUGCCACCCGGGUGCUGCAGAUGGUCCUAGAUGGGGUUAAGUACUUGCACACACUGGGCAUCACGCAUCGGGAUCUCAAGCCAGAAAACUUGCUGUACUACCACCCGGGCACUGACUCCAAAAUCAUGAUCACAGACUUUGGACUGGCAAGUGCCCGGAAGAAAGGGGAUGAUUGCCUGAUGAAGACCACGUGUGGCACACCAGAGUACAUUGCCCCCGAGAUCCUGGUCAGAAAGCCCUACACCAAUUCUGUGGACAUGUGGGCCCUGGGAGUGAUCUCGUACAUCUUGCUGAGUGGGACCAUGCCCUUUGAAGAUGAUAACCGGACCCGGUUGUACCGGCAGAUCCUAAAGGGAAAGUACAGUUACUCAGGGGAGCCUUGGCCCAGCGUGUCCAACCUGGCAAAGGAUUUCAUUGACCGCCUUCUGACUGUGGAUCCUGGGGACCGGAUGACAGCUCUACAAGCCUUAAAGCACCCGUGGGUGGUCAGCAUGGCUGCCUCCUCGUCCAUGAAGAACCUACACCGCUCUAUCUCUCAGAAUCUCCUCAAAAGGGCAUCUUCCCGCUGCCAAAGUACCAAGUCGGCCCAGUCCACCCGUUCCAGCCGCUCCACCAAAUCCAACAAGUCCCGGCGGGUGCGUGAACGGGAGCUGCGUGAACUCAAUCUGCGCUACCAGCAGCAGUACAACGGCUGAGGGCCUCAUGGGGGAGCCCGUCUGAAGUCUUCCCAGAUGCACCCCAUCUCCCUCCCCUCAUCCCUGGCCAAACUGGAUAAAGAGCUGGGAAUUGGGCCGGGGGGAGGAGGUGGGGGUGAAAGGAGGGAUAGUGAAACUUGCCCGCACGGCGUGCCCACCGAGACAUCCGGGCUCCUGUUACCUCCUGACCCCACAGCCGGGGGAAAUGAGGUUGGCCAGCAGCUCACGAAAUCUGUGCUUUUCUGGGGGAAGUGGGGGUAUGGGGUGGCCAUCAGGAGCCAGUGCAUAGGUGAAAGAGUAAAACCUUCCUGCCCUCCAUUACCCGGGCUCAGCCAGGCCAAAGUGGGCCAGUGUCACAAGUUCCAAAGUGCCUCUACUCACACAAAGAUCAGCUAAGCACCAAAUGAAAAGGACAGUCACCAUGUGGGUCCAGCUCCCCUGAGUUUAUUUAUUAGUGCCAGAAUCUAAGGCCUUAGACCGUGUGUG